AUGACACUCUCAACGACUGUAUACAAGUGUGACUCGUGGUAUUAUGGAAGCAGUGCGCUGAAGUGGGGAGCCUUUUAUGGUCACAUGAGUAUUGUGAAAGCCGCUGCGAGAAAUGGUGCAAAUGUAUACACCAGGAUGGAGAUUCGUGGGCCAAGAUCGAGACGACCUGUUGAGUCAACAACUUCUGCCAGAGCGCAGGACGGUCAUGCCGUUGGUCCUGGCGACUGGCUCGGACGGCUCGAUAUGGGUCAUUUUCCUACUCGACCACGACGUCGAUAUCGAUCUCUAUGUAGGACAGACACCACUGAUAGCCGCAACACAAGGGGUACAUACUUUUGUGGUCGAAUGUUUGCUACAAGCGGCGUGGACGUCAGGAUUGAUGAACGCAUGGAUUCAGUGUAUCUAGCGGCAAGCAGUAACCAAGUCGGCGCCCUUAAAUUGUCACUUCGCCAUGCAGCCGGUCCCAAUGGCAGACUUUUAUAUCCAACCCUGAUUUGUGCGGAAUAG